AUCUCUGAAAGAGAGAGCUGUAAAGGUACAAAAUUAAAAUGGCGAAUUUAUUAAUAAUUUCGUUAGUGUUGAGUGUUUUUGUAGCUACUGCGUUGUCCGAGCCAUUAGUGUGUUUUGAUUGUGAUCCAUUGAACGAUGGAGUAGAACAAUGUAAAUAUCCAGUGACAUAUAACGCACGUAAUCCUUUUUGUAACCCAAAGGAAAAUCAUACACCAUUAUGUUUAUCGGCGUAUAUCCAACACAAAAAUGAAUCAUUAACUGGAACCUACAGGGGCUGCGUAUACAAACCUUUAGAAGUAGGAGAUGUAUGUGAUUGGUUGAGAGAAACAAAUACCAACAGGACAUACAAAUCCUGCCAUCCAUGUAACGAAACAAGAUGCAACACAGUAUUAUUAUACGCAGAUGGAACAAGUGAUGCAGGGUCCGUUUAUAAUAUGUAUUUCUUGAUGAUUAUAAAUCUCGUAAUAGUUAUGAUUUUUGGUAAUUUAAAUAACUAAAAUUGCAUUGUAUAGGUUUGUUCCAACAGAUCUUCCAAACUAGAUAAAAAGUUACCAAGCAUAGGACUACAUGCACAGAUUUAAAAUGUACUUGACUGAGCAUGCGUGAAACGUUUAAAACUUGUUGCUGGAACAAACCUUCAAGUAUACUUUAUAGAAAUGAGGAACUCUUCAGGUAGUUAUAUUAAAUGG